GCACCGCUGGACAGAAGUGAUCGUGCUUUUAUCCGAUGUCAGUACGGCUGUGCUAUUCCCCCCUCUCAGGUGAAAUUGCUUCGACGUCACGGACGCAUUAAUACUGGAUGUCUGAUGGCUGCCCCUCAGACCAUGGCUGAAAUCUCCUCGGCCUCUGCUCAGGCCUUUAGAAUCCCGCUUCAUAGUAUUGAUGAUAACGGCGUUCACGGCAGUGGAGAGUCCAGUCCACGUUCGAGAAGACGUUCGGUGGACAUUAGCAGUGAUCACCCGAUUGAGAAACCGAUUCCUCGAAAGAAACGCACACACAGUGGAAAAGGUGACGCCAUUUCAGUGGUGGCACAGCUAAACGACAAACCGGUCAGUGCCGUCGUGCUUAAUCCAAGAGAAUUUGGUGAACGGCAGUCCGACAGUGGUGGUCGAGACAUUGCGAUCACACCGCAUCGGCGUGAUAUCGGUUCUGUCGGGGCUCGUCGACCCCAGUCAUGUCAUGUGUUUGGUCGCCAAAGCUCGCAGCGCAGUCCAGACCAAGAAGAUUUCGGGUUAGAUACAAAUGCUGCCAAUCUCAGAUUGAUUGCUUACAAGAACUGGUGUCGAAAACAUGCGCACAGUGCACAACUCCACCGAAUGGACUCGUUGAAACAAGAAACUUUGGACACAAAAAAGCAACGUGAGCUGUUGGAAAAGUCCAAAUCGAACGAACAAGCAUUCGAGGCGUGGCGAGCGCAAAAGCGCACGUAUUUUCGUGAACAACUUCGACAGAAACGACUACAGGAAGAAGAACGUCAGAAGAAACUGGAGGAAGCGAAUCAGCGUAAACUGUCUUCAUCGAAAGUAAGUUCAUCCACGGACAAGGCAUUCGAUGUGUGGAAAUCGCGAAAAGAUGCCGUGCUUAGAAAACAGUACCGAGAUUCUUUGUACAAAGAAAAAACUCUACUAGAGGCAAAGGCCCAAGUGGAAGCAGAGAAACGUGCUCAAUCGGAACAAGCGUUUGAAGUUUGGAAAGCCCGGAAGGAGGCUCUGGCACGCGAGGAGCUGCACAAUCAGAGAGUAAAACAAUCGGAAGAGGAGAAACAAAGAGAUGAGCUGGCACGAGAGAAAUCAGAAAAGGCCGCUGAGGCUUAUUAUCAGUGGGAAUUACGAAAAGUUUCCUCAAUGGACAACCUCCGAAAAAGUGCAAGUCGAGAAAGUAUUGUGGAACGCUUCCCCUGGAGACCCCCAUCCGCACGUGCCUCACCGGCUCGUUAA